ACAUGCGCGCGCAUUGAAAAGGCAGCCGAAGGCAGCCUAAAUAUUUACAUCUUAUUAGAGUUGUGGGGAUAAUUUUUUUAUUUGUCAUAAUGAUAGACGGAAACAUAUCAAUGGAGGAGGACACAGAAUUGCGAGAUUUAGUAGUACAAACACUUGAAAAUAAUGGAGUUCUUGCCAAAGUUCGAGCGGAACUUCGAGCUAGUGUUUUUUUAGCUUUAGAAGAACAAGAAUCAGUAAUCAAUCCUGAACCACUCUUAAACAAAACAGUAAAACAGUACCUGGCUAAAUCUGAAGGGAAAUUACUAUUUUCAUUAGUUAGAGAAUUUUUAGAGUAUUUUGGUUUGGAUUAUACAAUAUCUGUUUAUGAUCCAGAAACUUAUAUUGGUAAAGAAUACAACUAUAUGGGCAGAAAAAAAUUAUGCGAAAAGUUGGGUAUUAAUUCAACUGAACCAUUACUUGGAGAACUUUUAAAAAAUAGCAUCAAUCGUGCCUUUACAAAUUCAAAAAAUGAGCAAACAAACAAUAGUACAUUUAAUAAGUCCAACGAAGAAACAGGCAAUAUAAACAACACCACUUUUGACGUAUCAGUUCCAAAAGUCUUUGAAAAAAAUUCAUUGGUCUUAAAUGACAAUGAUAUGUCCGAAAAAGAUAAUAGUAUAUCGGAUUUCAGUCAAGAAAUUCCAAUUAAUGUGACAAUAACAGAUAAAAAAUCAUCUGAAAAUCUCAAUAAUGUAUUAAAAAAUACCUCGAAGUUUGAGACGCAAAAUAAAUCUCUCAGGGAAAAUACAGAAAAAAAUAAUGAACCUGAUCAAUUAGUUGAAGAAACAAGCAAUAACAAUUCACAUGUUUCUUUUACUGUAAACAAUCAAACUGUAACAGAAAACUGCCCUAAUCAUAAAUCAAACAAUAAUGAUGGUUUAAAAAUGUUAGAUAGUGAUAAGCAAUUAUUGAAAUUCGAAGAAUCUGUAAUAAUUGAAUCGGACAGAAAUUUACAUGAGGAAAAAUCAAAAUUAUUAAACUGUGUUGAAUUACAAAAUACAAAUAAUACUCAAAAAAAUCAUAAAAUUGAUGUAGAAAAUAGUUUUGGUAAAACAGUUUAUUUUGAAGAAUUAAUUGUAGAUGGAAAAUCAGAAAAAGUGGGAAAUACAAAACAAUCAGAUCAGUUGUUAGAAAAUUUGCCGCCUUUUGUUUCGAAAACACAUUCUAUUUUUAAUAAUUUACCUUCUUUAAAUGGUAAAAAAAAUGAUAUUAAUAAUUUAAAAGAAUUAAUGGAUAUUGGAUCAACUAGUGACGUUGACAAUUAUGAAGAAGAUUUUGCAUCAUCAGCAUCUGGAAGUACAAAUGAACAAAGUCCGGCGAAAGAUUCUAUGAAAAAUUUGUGUCAAAGUCCAUUGAAGCAUUCAAAUACUGGUGAAGAAAAAAGUCAAAGCACAAAAAGUGAUGAAAUAAGUGAAGAAAUUGAUGACCUAGAGGAGUUAGACGACGUAACUGAAGAUAAAAGUAUAACAAAUUUUACUGUGGGUACAUCCCUUGAAUGUGUUAAAAAACCAUAGUCGUUAAUUUAUUUUUCUUAGAAUAUCAAGUAGUUUUAUUGCAAUGAUAAAACAAUUAAAAUUCAUAAAUUAUUUUCAAAGCUAUUAAUUCGUAAUAAUUCUUCAGUUCAACAUAAUUAAUUUAACAAAUAGGAAACGAUGAAAGACACUUGAGCAGUUUGAUGCCCUUAUAAUAGGACAAUACUGCUAGUUGUGGCUCAAUAUCUGGUAAGUUGUGUUAUAAAAAUAAACGUAGAAGGAAUAUGUCUAAAUUUAUUCACAGAGAACGAUUUUAAUCUCUUUUUGUACAGAGAAUUAUUCCAGAUAAAAUUAUAUUUUUCUACAUUUUGUAGUACAAAGAAGAUUUAUUAUAAUUAAUAUAAAUGUAUAAAGCAUGCCAAAUUUUGGUAUACAAACUAUUAUACAAAAAUAACGAAAACAAUAAUUUUAUUUUAUAUCAAUUUGGACAAAUUUCCUCCUGCGUUAUACUGCUAAUGUGUGUAGUAUUAUUAUGAUUAUUUUUAUAAUUAUUAUCACUGCUAUUUAUUACUAUUGCUGUUUUUACUGCUAAUAUUGCUACUAUUACUAUUACUUUCACUCUAAUUACAAUCACUACUAUUACUACUGCUAUUAUGUUUGUUAUCAUUAUUACUAUUGUGAAUCAAUUUUGUUUUUUAAAAACUAGAAAUUAUAAAAUAGAUUUUAAUUCAUUUUAUUGCCCAUCAUUUUAAUAAUGAUUAAUGAUAUAUACACGACUGUAAUAUAUUACCUCAUUUGACUUGAAACUAACUGCUAAAGUAUCUUAAAAGAUACUAGAGAAUUAUCCGUCUAAAAAUGGAUUGCCUGAAAAAAAGUAAUAAAUUUAUUAAAUUAUUUUAUCUUGACGAUGAUAAUAUGGUGCUAAGUAAUAAAAAAUUUAAAUUAUUUAUGUGAAUUAAGUAACGAUAAGUACUUGUAUAUUUCUCUUGCUUAUUUGCAAGAAUAUAAAAAAUGAAAUAAUUGAACUAGUACGUGUUCAAAGUAUUUUAAUUUCAGGGCAAUCCUAUAAACAUAUUAGGGAUGAGUCACUUUAUAUAUAUAUUCUGAUGAUUUUCACGAUGAUGUUAAUAACAACUAAUUAGUAAAGAAUUUUGAUUCAAUAAUUUGAAUCUUAAACCAUCUAAAUUUAAAUAAUAAACUGCAACAAAAUCCAAUUAUAGUUGUGAUUAACAUAUAUUGUGAGAUCAAACUAUUGAACAAUUCAUAAAAUUUCAGCAUUGAUGAUGUGUAAAAAAUUUUUUCAAAACUUAAAAAAUAAUUAUUCUAUUAAAGUAAAUUAUCAUAAAUAAAAUUUGAAAAUUUAUUAAUAAUGGAUUUUUCAAUUGUUUACUUUUAUAAAAUUUAAUGUUACAUUCACUUAAACAUCUUAACUGUGAAUUAAGAUUAUUAAAUAUUAAGCAAAUAGAACAAAGAAUAGGGACU